CCCUUGCAUUGUAGGUCUGCCUUUUCACGAGGCCCUUGAGAAAUUUCAUCGCUCGACUACAGACUGGCCUUUUCUAUGGCGCUGUGUUAUCGACCUGGCGUCCCAUGGUGACGUGACGAGCAAUCUCUUCUCUUCUCAACUAGCGAAGUACAUCCCUCUGGAGGACCAUUUGACACCCGUAACUUCUCUCUAGCUCUCUCAUCGAUAGCGCUCUCAUAGCUCUCGUGCCUCUCUCGCGCCCUCUUCCGAUUGCAUAUCAAGACCGCUAAAAAGAAAGGGUCGCAAGCUAAGCAGAUUUACGCGCUUCGGCCGUCAAUGACUCCAAGACAAGGCGAUCUUCGUCAGGCCAUGGAUUCAGCACACCAGCCAUUUCCCGCGUCCCCGUCCGAAAUGACAGGUUGGCGCCGACCCGUCAUCCCACAACCGUCUUUCACCUCUCCCAACCGGACUCCCAGACCCUGCACCAUGGAACCAUCCGCCACCGAUCUAAAUUGCAUUCCACCGUUUCCCGUAAGCCCUUUCUGCGUCGAGAAUAUCACGAGCCCUGAUCGCUACAACAACGGCCGAUUUCUUUCUCACGGGACGCGCAUCGACACGCGCGAUCCCGCCGCCGCUUGCGUCUCUCCAGAACCUUCCCCAACUUUUCCUGCAGGCUCUUGUCCGCCUCCCUACUACCUCAAUCCUGAACAAUUUUCAACCUAUACCAACGGUCACUACUACCCGACUCUCGCUUCUGCCUCCCCAUCCGCGCACCAGCUCUGCGCUCCUGCGUCCCGCCACCAUCCCCCCGUCCCCGCAAAUAUUCCCCGAGUUUCCCCUCCUGCCGCUACGGACUGCCGCGUAACCAUGGGCAUGUGCUCUCCCUCCCCUCCGCCUUUUUCACUCGAUUCUGCUGAGAGUGAGCACUCCAAUCAUGGCGCGCCACGUCAUAUCUAUGAACAGUCAGCCGAGCUUUCGCAGCAGGUUUCGCAGCAGCAGCGACUGCAUUUCGAUUCCCCACUAUAUCAGCAUCCAUCCCGCUUCCAUCCCUCUCCACCACUAACAACAACGACACCGCCGUAUUCAACUCCGCCAUUCCCCCCAGCAUCCGCAGCCCUUCUUCCGCCCGCUUCCGCUCCCCCUCGCCUGGUGCGCGCGCGCUCACCCGCGCGCCGCCCUUCCGCCUCCCCCUCCUCCCCGCUGGCGCGCCCCACUCCGCUCAACUCCCGCGUGUGGCUGGCGGUCGAGCUGCUCUGCAUCCUGGCGCAAAUCUCCGCGGGCGUGUGCGUGCUCGCGCUUUUCCCCCACGAGAAACCCCCCGUGCCUCUGCGCGUGUGGGUACUCGGUUACACGCUCGGCUGCCUCCUGCUGCUCCCCUUGCUAUACUGGCGCUACACUCACCGCUUCCUGCGGUACGACGGGGAGAUUUUGCUGCGGCAGCAGCAGGAAGAGGAGGACGAGCGGCGGCGGCAGUGGCAGCUGGUGCGUGAAACGCCGUCGCAACCAGCUAUGGCGUCAACGAGACCCGUCUCGCCGCUCAGACUUCCACAAUCUUCCGCCGCCGCCGCCGCAGUAACAGCAGUAGCGCCCAUACGCGCGUCCUCGUCCUCGUCCUCCCUCUCCUCGUCCUCUCUCUCCUCUACUUCCUCUCCCUUCGCGACUUCCUCAAGACCCCUCUCGUCUGGAAGAGCGUCAUUCGCGGCGCCUGUGGCGGCGCAAACCGCGACCAGUACCCCGUAUAUGGGCGCAGGGGGGGCAGGGGGAGUCGGGUUGAACGCAAGCUAUUCGCCCCCUCCUUACACGCACGCUCCCCCGUGCGCGCCUGCAAACACCCAACCCUGGUCAUAUCCUGGCGGAGGAAUCUUGGGCGGAGCUGGUGGUGCCGGCGGUGUUGAUAUCUACAGUGGCUACGGUUAUAAUUCUGAUGACGAGAAUGAUGAGGAGGAGGAGGUGUACGGUCCAGGGCGGUACAGUGGGUUUCGGCACAUUGCGGCGGCGACGGGAGAGAGGGCACUGUCGUGUGUGCGAUGGCUGGUGGACGAACUGCAGGACGAUGCACGGAUCAUGGCGCUAGUGGAGCGUUACAAAGUAACCCUCGACUGCUUCUUCGCAGUGUGGUUCGUGCUCGGUAACGUCUGGGUCUUCGGCGCUCACUCUGCCGCCACCACCGCCCCUAACCUCUACAACCUCUGCGUGCUGCUCAUAACCCUCAGCUGCGUCGGCUACGCCCUGCCGUUUCUCCUCUGCGCGGCCAUCUGCUGCUGCCUGCCGUGUCUGCUGCACCUCGUCGGCUACGAGCCGGACGGGGCCUUUCUGCCCUCGCGCAGCAGCAGGGGCGCCACCACCACCACCAUCACCGCCCUCCCCUCGUUCAAAUACCGGAGGCUGAGGGCUGGGAGUGGUGCGGGGGUGGCUCGGCUGCGGGGGAAAGGUGAUGCUGCUGCUUUUGGUGCUGCUGGUUCUGCUGGUUCUGCUGGGGUUGCUUCUGCUGCUGGUGAAGCUGGUGUUUCUGGUUCCAAGAUGGUGGGAACACGCAGUGGGUUGGGAGAAGGACCGAGUAGAGGGGUGGGUGGAAGGCCAUGUGGAACAGACUGUACGAGCUCGCGCAGGGAAGCAGGAGGAGGGAGGGGGGUGAUAGGAGGGAGGGGAGGGGAGUGGGGGCUAGGGGGUAUUGUGGCAGAACCAGCAGGCUGGGUGAGGGGAUUGAGUGGGAGGAUCAUGAGGCGUGGUGCUGCUGCUGCUGCAACCCUGUCUGCUGCUGCAGCUGCUGGCACCACUCCAGCCAGUGCUGCUGCCAGCACUGCUCCUAGUGCUGCUUCUAGUGCUGCUAGUACUUCUGCUGGCGCGUGCUGUGGUGACAGUUGCAGCAGCCAAGUCACCAGUGCACUCGCAGAGGAGUGUGUGGAUAGAAAGGGAGAGAGGGAGAGUGCGAGUGAGAGGAGGGAGAAGGAGAAGGAGAGGGAGAGGGGGGGGGGAGUGAGAGUGAGGGGGAGUCGGAUGGAGAGGAGGAAGACAGUGUGGUGGGGCUGCUGUGGCCGGGCACGGACAAGGAGAGAACAGUGAGGGGAGAAGACGCCCUCUGCUGCAUCUGCCUGGGUCGCUACAGGGACGGGGUGGACCUUCGUGAGCUGCCCUGCAGCCACCAUUUCCACCAAUCCUGUGUUGACACGUGGCUCAGAAUCAACUCCUCCUGCCCCCUCUGCAAGGAGGACAUCACAAGCCGCCCGAGGAUGGAGGCUGAUGGUGCACGUGUGCCACUGGCGCCGUUUGUUUGACGAGGGCAACCGAUUCUGAGACUGCAAGAGAGACUGCAAGGGAUGGGACCACAACCCGGAGACACCAAAGGGACACCAUCAUGUCGUGCAUUUCGUCGAAGACUGCAACUCUAUCAAGAGCUGCUUUUAAUAUUGUUUGACAAUCAGGCGAGUCGGUGGAACACAACAAGCUUAGAUAACAAGUGUAUUUGUGUGUGGGUUGUACAAGGGCACCUCUUGUGCCCUGUGGCAGUGUGGCUGAAUUUGUUUCAGGCAUUUGUAUGCUUUGAGCGCAAAAGAAAGCGCGCCAUCUAUUAUUUGCAAGGUUGCUUUAUACGUCACAAAAAUGUGGAUCUCUCCUAUAUUGUAGGUA